AUGGCACCUUCGACAGCCUCCAGCACGCGACGCCGGUGUAACAACGCUUGCGGCAAUUGCAAGCGUCGCAAAGAACGAUGCGAUGGUGUGAAGCCUUGCCAAAGGUGCCGAGCAAGAGGAGUAAAACAUGAAUGUCAUUUUUCUGCCCCCGUGUUGCGUCGAGUUGUUCUGGACUCUGGCGCUGAGGCCUACGAAGCUCCGGACAGAGACACAUGGAAUAAGGACAGAUUGAGUCUCAUUCUUGGAAGAUCUUCGGACAAGGCGCCGGCGACUGCCAACGCUCCAAAUUUGAAACAGCAUAAACCUCAGAUCACGCCUCUGCCUAGACCGUGGAAACGAAGCGAGGGAGGAUUUAUAUAUUUCGGAGGUUCUUCAGCUUCUUCCCUGCUCCAAAACGUCCGACACCUUGCAAAGAUCGCAGUUGGAGACUGUCCAUUUGUCAGCUCUUCGUACAACUUAUCUGCAGGGCCUCCCGUUGAUGAGAGGCUCCCCUCGACCAUACGUGGGAGGCUCGUUGCGCCUUCAAAACCAGAUAUCGUGAGAGCCAAAUCACUUGCAAAGUGGUAUUUGUAUUCUACUGCCUGUUUUGGGGCCCUGUUUGAUGAAAGCUUCUUGAUUUAUGAGCUUUCCGCUUGGCUUUCACACCCUGACGGAAAACAGGAUGGAGUGACCUCUAGACUUUUCCUCAUUCUCGCCCUAGGGGCGCAGACUUGUCCAGAGGAGAACGAUAUUGUUGCUCAGGAAUACUAUACUUAUGGCAGGGCUUUGACCGUACUCGACACAAUAGGGGACUCGAGUGCUGUCUUGGAGACUGCACAGUGCUACACUCUCAUUACGAUGUAUCUGAUAAACGCGUCACGUCUCAAUGCAGCAUUCAUACAUCUCGGGCAAGCUGUCCGCGCAGCACACAGUCUGGGACUACAUCGCACUGAUCUCGGUGCCGAUUUUACUCCCUUCGAGCGCAACGCGCGAGAGACCCUCUGGAAAGCCAUCCGUGUCCUCGACGUUUAUCUCAGUGCCACACUUGGCAGGCCUUUGGCGACUUGUGAAUCUCGACAGACCGACAUGACAACGAACUAUUCUCCGACUGUGGACAUGUGUAUGAUAUAUGAGUCAUUGCUUACGGAAGUAUAUGCAAAGUCUUCGACGUGUGAUGAGAUUUUACAACAAAUCAUCGAUCGCAAUCGGCAAUGGGCAGCUCGAUUUCCUUCCGGUCUUCAGAAUGAUGGUGUUUGCGCCUCUGAACAAAUCGAAUCAGGAGAUCAUUUCCUGCCAAACGUUGGCCUAUUUCAUAUCAAGCAGGCUUUUUAUGGGGUUACGAUAUUGUUGACACAGUCACAUUUGGCCGGAAUUGUCUCAGCAAGCACCCAAUCUCCCGACCACAGACGAGUCUACCCAGGGUCACAAUCGUCGCAGAUGCUGGGACUGGCGUGCGUGCAAUCAGCCAUUGAUUCCAUUGAGCUCUUCCGAUCAUUGCUUGUUGCUGAUCAGGCACCGAAGCACCUCCCACUGGUUACAAAUUCGAUCUUCUACGCCGUCCUUGUGCUGGGAAUGGCGACCUUUAGUGACCUCUAUGCAACGCUGCCAAUUGAUGAACAUCUAGGCACCGCCUGCAAGUUGCUAUCAGUAUUCGACAAGCACGACUGGCUAUCGAGGCAGUAUCUUGGAAUCUCGGAAGACCUAAGCGCAGCUUGCAAAACAUACACUGAGAAGAAGUUGCAAAACGAACUCAACACUCGACGAGCCUUAGUCAGCGAAAUAUUUGGAGCAGUUGGCUCAAAUCAAGACGUCGGACUGGGUCAAGCCAAUCUUGAACCUGGAAUGUUCGAGAAAAAAUGCCCUUCGGUUUCCAUUCGUGAGGAAGUUGGCCAGAAUCCAUCCCCAGCUGCCACUCUUCCCGACCAAGUUGGUACCUCCAUGGAUUUGGUGAUCGGGAGUCUCACCAUAGACCCCUUGGAAUUCUCGGAUUUUCUCGAGGAUCCUUUCCUGAUUGAUACGCAGGAUCAUUUUGUGCUACCAAUUUCAAGCCUCCCCACGCAGUAA